ACAAAAGGCCCAACUAGCCCUUAGAUCUUAAUCUCUGUUUGGUCUUUCACUGUUUACCUUUCGCAGACUCAGAAAUAUAGAGACAAAACAUCGAUCACCCAAAAACGAAAACUAUUCCCUAUUGGGGAAAAACCACAAAAAACCCAAUUUAAAAAAAGAAAAAAGAAAAAUCGAAUUCGAGUCCAGAGCCAAUUCAACGUUCUCGUCCUUGUUCAGAUGGGAACUUUGUUGGGGAAUUAGGGUUUUAGGUUUUGAAUUGAAGAUAGUGUGUUUUGUCAUCUGGGUUUUUCUGGAGAAUUGAAAAUUGUGUGUGGAAUUGAGGAGUUUUUUUAUGGGAAAAAUGUUGCCCAAUCAAAACUUUUCCAGAAUUGACACCGCAGAGCUUAAAGCUUUGAUAUUUAGAAAGGUUGGGCAUGAGAGAGCUGAGAAGUACUUUGAUCAGCUUGGAAGUUUAUUCAGUUCCAAGGUUAGCAAGAGUCAAUUUGAUAAAUUCUGCAUUCGGACGAUUGGGAGGGAAAAUAUCCCUCUUCACAACCGGCUUGUAAAAGCAAUUCUCAAGAAUGCUUGUGUGGCCAAAGUUCCACCAACGAGAGGUAUUAGGAAAGUGGGAAGUGCCCUUGACGUAAAAGCUUCAAAUGGGUAUCAGAGAAAUUGUCUCCAAUCGCUUUAUGGGGAUGCCUUUCCUCCUUCUCCUCGCAAGGGAAGGUCACCGGUUAAUAGGGAUCGCAAGUUUAAGGACCGCCCUAGUCCUCUUGGCCCACAUGGGAAACCCCAAAGUGUUGUGUGUGAGGAAUUGGUUUCUAAAGCACAAGAGCAGCAAAGUGCGACUGAAUUGAUUUCUCUUGGUAGCAGACCUCCGGUUGAAGUUGCAUCUGUUGAAGAUGGUGAAGAGGUUGAACAAAUGGCAGGGAGCCCAGGUGUUCAAAGUAGAAGCCCUGUAACAGCUCCAUUUGGUAUAUCCAUGAAUUUGGCUGGUGCUCGUAAAUCUCUUUGUAAUGUAUCUGUAUGUAAUGAUUAUCAUCCAGAGACCUGUCAGAACAGUGGUGAGCUACCUGAUACAAGAUCAUUAAGAAGUCGUUUGCAGCGCAAGUUGGAGAUGGAGGGCAUGAACGUCUCAGUGGAUUAUGUUAACCUGUUGAAUAAUGCAUUAGAUGUGUAUUUGAAGAGAUUGAUUGAGCCAUGUAUGGGUUUAGCAGUGUCAAGGGGUGGAAAUAAUCACUAUAAACAACAAAACCAUCAAUUCCUUCCAGGUUUUAGUCAGAUGUUACCUGGUAGAUACAUGCAAAGAGAAGAAAGAUCUGCUUACGCAUCCAUGUCUGAUUUUCGUGCUGCUAUGGAAUUGAAUCCCCAAAUACUUGGAGAAGAUUGGACCAUACAGCUUGAGAAGAUUUGCUUGCAUGAUUCUGAAGAAUGAACAAAGCUGUAUUAGCACAUUGAUUAGAAAUUCAGCAGUGGAUGAGAUCAUGGCAUGGGUUGAUGUCCACAUUUAGUUUGAAAAUUCAAUCUUUGCAUUGAUUAUUAGUUCUUAUACAAUUUUGACACACCUAAUAUGGAAUUUUACAAGCACUGCCAAAGGGAAUAAGCUCUGGAUUUUAGGUUAAGUCGUGGAUAAAGUUGAUUAGGUUACAUUUAGAUGUAGGCAUUGAUGAUUGUUGGGGAGAGGGAGUUGUUCAUACGGUAAAAUGUAAACUUCUAGAUACAAUUAAGAACCUCAUUGUUUGAAGAGUGUAACACCAUUUUUCAAUGAAUUUAUCUUUUUCUUAUCUACUUUGAUGUACCAAGUUAUGCAUUUAAUAAAGCAUUAUUGUUCAGAAUGGUUGCAGUCA